CGCACUGCUGCCCUGGUCCUUCCAAGGAUCCAGGCCUCUUGGCCAGCAAAGCUAACCCAAAAACAAGCGUUCAAAUCCGGGCAAGGCCAGUGGUCUGAACACCAUGGGAGUUAGGGGGUACACGGGAGUCAAGGGUCCAUUUCUGAGCUGCUAACCCGUCUCCCAGCGUCCAUCACCCCGCAGCAAACAUAAGACCCCAUCGCAGACGGAGGCUAGAACGACGUGCGGCUGGUGCCCCAUACACGAGCCCAGGGCCGGUGGUGACCCAUUCACAAACCCAAAGACCGAUUGGGUCACCAGCGGUACGUCUUGGCCAGUUGGGUCACCAGCAGCACGUCUGUCUGAUCCAUGCGGUUUGGAGGAGUUAGUGUCCCCGGGCUUAAUAGUGGGGUGCCCGGGCACGGCUGGUGAUUAGGUGCAAAUCUAGGGGGUCCUUUGGAACCAGCGCUUGCCGCCGGAGAGUGCGUGUACCUCGGGCAGAGCGUGCAGGGCACGGCCCCCCCCCCCAACGCUGGAUCUCAGAGGCCCCAGGCCAGGGAGAGGGGCUGGGGUCGCUCCCCGAGAAGGGUGUGUGUGCCCCGGGCAGAGCGCGCGGGGCACAGGCCUCCCCAACGCUGGAUCUCAGAGGCCCCAGGCCAGGGAGAGGGGCUGGGGUCGCUCCCCGAGAAGGGUGUGUGUGCCCCGGGCAGAGCGCGCGGGGCACAGGCCUCCCCAACGCUGGAUCUCAGAGGCCCCAGGCCAGGGAGAGGGGCUGGGGUCGCUCCCCGAGAAGGGUGUGUGUGCCCCGGGCAGAGCGCGCGGGGCACAGGCCUCCCCAACGCUGGAUCUCAGAGGCCCCAGGCCAGGGAGAGGGGCUGGGGUCGCUCCCCGAGAAGGGUGUGUGUGCCCCGGGCAGAGCGCGCGGGGCACAGGCCUCCCCAACGCUGGAUCUCAGAGGCCCCAGGCCAGGGAGAGGGGCUGGGGUCGCUCCCCGAGAAGGGUGUGUGUGCCCCGGGCAGAGCGCGCGGGGCACAGGCCUCCCCAACGCUGGAUCUCAGAGGCCCCCAUUAAUGGUUCACCAGCGGCUCCAUCGAUGGUUCACCAGCGGCACAUCUUUACGCAUCUAGCGCCAAAGGUCCAACAGGAAUACGUUAUGCCUGGCGCUCACCGGGGCGUUGGUUAGACCCAGGCCCGAGCCCACCAAACCAUGCCCGACGGGAGACCACCCUUCCCGGCCUACUUGUCGGGACGUCCCGCGCCUGGAGGUUUUUGCCCGACACCCACAAUCUCUGACCUGCCAUCAGGGUUUCGGGGAAGGCGUAAAAAUAUGGACUUAGUCUCUGACAGUCCAGUCGCCAGACCCCACGGUGACUGAUCGAUAGGAGCUAGUGUGGCGCCCCAGGGGCUAGGCCCCCACCCAGGCCCCCCAAAGCACCAAUGGGGUCGGCCUCUAUGGGUGUGGCAGAUCCUCCCCGUCCUGGGCGCUGUAUCAGGGAGGCGUGGGGGUGUCCCUCCGCACACAGCGCCCCCCCCUUCCCGCCCCGAUCUGUGGGUAAAGGACCCAGAUGGCCCGUCUGGCUAAAUGACCCAGAGCUUGUCUGCUGCUCAGCCCGCCCGCCAGCCCGCCCCCCUGGACUCCGUUUCCCCCGCGCCGAUACUCGGCCCGUGCCCCCGCCCCACGCCCCUCGCCCUGCGAGGGCUGGGGGAUGUUCGGUGGGUUCGGUCGAGUCACCCGGCGUGGUGAAUCGAGGCCCCAGGGGCAGCGUAGGGAACGAGCUGGUGUGGGCUUCGAUUCUACCCCCGCCCGAGUGUGUGCGUCUGCAUCCCGUCCGUCCGCCCGCCCGCCCGCAACGCCGCCCACCCCCUGGGUUUAUCCUUGCUGGCUCCCGGCUGACCCCCACCCCGCCUACCCUGCUCCCGGGGGAGUGAGGGUGGUUGGUUGGGAGGGGAAGCUAGUGGACUCCGGCGAGGUGAAACGUGCCAGGGUCAGUGGUGCCGGGGUUACGGGCUGUCUGAACUCCCCUUUCGAUGGUUGGUGCGUAUCCCAUGUUGGUUGUAGCAGGUCACAAAAGCUCCCGCGGCUGGCGCGUGUGGAGCUGUCCCCCCCCGAUGGGGCUCAAACAAUCAAUCCCCUUUUUGGGGUGGAAAAAGUGAACGUGGAUGGCUGUGGAAAAGCUCCCGCUGGCCAGAACAGCAAAAUGAAGGGGGGAUAGGGAGUGAGGUGGGACACCCCUUCCCCAACUCGAGUCGUGACAAGAGAGAGAGGUGUCGAACCGCUGACCGGGGCAACGAUGAAGGGGCGGUGGGGUGAAUUGUUUAACGGGACACCCCCUCUGGUUCCUUUGAAAAGGGGGGAAGGGAGUGAGGUGGACACCCCUCUCCCCCCUACUUGAGAAGUCGUAACAAGAGAAGGCUUGAACCGAAUGGAUCUCCGUAGGGCAUCGGCUUACACCUCCUGGUGCGGGGGGGUGUCCUUCCCCUUUAAGAAAUACGGGUCCACCAACGUCAUGACGCGGAAGUGGACGCCGCCUCCGGCCGCUUAUUAACCGCCGCACGUGGCGUGCGGGCCCCUUUCCCCCUCUGCAUUGGCUCUGGCACGGUCAUGGCUGAAUGUGCCCUAUGCUUCAACGUGUACAGCCGGCUUGCGCCUCACCUGACGGCCGUUCACAAGGUGGCCAACUCGGACGAGAAGCGGCUGCUUCUCGCGCUGGCCGCCGGCCGCGUGGACACGCGGAAGACACCGUGCCCGGUCCCGGGAUGUCGCCGGACGCCAGCCCGCCUAGACAGGCACUUGAGGCAGCACGCGGAGCUCUCGACCUCGGGAAGGAAAGAGGCUAUGGGGAGGGCGAAACGCCGGAAAGUAGCUCGGGAGUUGCAGUGGCUGCGGUCCACCCAGCCUGCAAUCCCUGUCGUGUCCCAGCUAGCAUCGUCCUCCGAGGGGGAGCGGGACUCGGAGGACCCAGAGGCCGGCCGCCCGUGCGCCGACCGCGGCUGCAGGCGCGCCACCGAGCGCAUACAGGCUCAGCUCACGGACCUGGGGAAACAGGUUACCAAGAUGCGGUCCACCCUGCUCCAAAUCACACGCCUCUACCGAGAGCUAAGGAAGGGAGAAGGGGGGAGAAGGAGGAGGAAGAGGGCCAGGAGAACCAGGUCGCCUCCUGCACCACCGCCUCCCGGGCGAGGGGCGGCCGGAGGUCCGACGCCCCCCGAGCCUCCGGAGGCUUUGGAGCCCACUGCCUACCCGUUCCCGGACCACGUCCCCGCGCUGAACCUUCUCUUGGGGGAGUUCGAAGGGUACCAACUGGGCAGCGAGCCCACCCCCCGCCUGCGGAACAACGUCACUUCGAAGCUGGGGAGAAUCAAAGCCUUCCUUGGUUACAUGGCCAGGGGCACCGCGGAGCCAGGGGACUUCCUCUUCCUCAACCAACCAGCCCGAAUCCGAGCGUGGGCCGCCCGGCUAGGUCAGACGCGCAUGGCCGAGCCCACCAGGCAGCACUACCUGAAGAACGUGGCUCAGUUCCUAGACUACCUCUCGGAGACGCCGCCGGCCGCCUGUCAGCUCUCCAGCACGGCUCUGGUUCUGAUUCGAAGGGAGGUCAGAGCCCUCAUCCGCGGCAUACGCCGGCGUGUCGUCGUGCACGAGGUAAGGACCAAGCAGGCGAAGGAAAGCCGACUGAUCCCCAAGGCCAGUCUGGUGCGCUGUCACCGGACCGCUGGGAGGAAAAUUCCCGCCCUGCUAGAUAGCCUCGAAUCCAACCCAAGCACUAGGCAACAGUGGCGCUUCUAUGGCUUUCUGACUGGCUACCUAACCUCCAUCUCUGGGCACCGCUGUGGAGUCUUCCAGAAUCUCACAAUCCAGGAGGUUGAAGAGGCCUCCAGAAGCCCCGACGAGUCUGCUUAUGUCAUUAACAUUACCACUCACAAAACAAACAGAGCCUUUGGGGCGGCUCAGCUGUCCCUAAACAGGGAGGAAUACAGCUGGUUCCGCAGGUUUUUGGCGCUGCGGGCUGGUCUCCCCGGAGGGAGCCAGGCUACCUAUUUCUUUUUCACUUCCAGAGCCAGUCCUUGUCGGACCCUGAACAAGUACUUUCAGUCUGCUUGGCUCAGUAUGGGCCUUCCAGGCAAACCCACCUUUACUGACGUACGCACUGCGAUCGCGACUCAUGCAAAGAAUGCACACUCUUCAGAGGAUCGCCGCAAGGUGGCGCAAUUCAUGUGCCAUGACACUUCAACCUCAGAUAAGUUCUACGCACUUCACCUCGGACCUCUCCAAGCACGCGAGCGCCGCAGACUCUUUGAAAGGGCCCUGGUGGAGGAGGAGGAGGAGGAGGAGGAGGAUGGGGAGGCAGCGGGCACUGAAAGCCCCCCGCGGAAAGGGCGCAAGAGGACGGAGACUUCCGUCUCUCCCCUGGAGGGAACCAGCAGGAGGACGCUGCCAUGGCGCCCUGCCAAAGGGAAAAGCCAGGGCGCUCGCCCGCUCGAACAAACAGAAGACUCUGAAUAAAUAAAUAUUGUACAACUUAACGGUCAAA